AUGGUUGGGCUACUUGAUCUACCCGUAGAAAUUAUCCAAGCAAUAUUGGCUUGCAUAUUGGAUCGCUUACCCGCAGACACUCUACUUAAUCUAUUCCCGACAUGUCGUUCGCUCAACUACCUUUCCACGUCGGCACUACUCGAACAUCACGGAAUUCGGGAUCCUACCCACUGCACUGUUGAUCUUGAUACCAGAAGGGCCCCGUCAACGGCUGACGCUCUAUCAGCCUUGCUAUCGGGUCUUCAUAUCAAACGAAUGAAGUCUCUUCGGUGCAACCUCAAGACUUCCUGGUAUUUAGGCCAGUGGGGUUGGCCUCCUUCCGAAUCUUUACGUCGACUCCACCGUCUCAUACGAAAGUUGACCUCCAUCGAUGAGGUCGUCCUGUCUUUCAAUAUGGAGACAGAGAUUCGUCUUGACGAAGCGGACCUACAGUAUGGGAUUGAUAUCCUACAGGACCUGCUCAACAUGAUCCUCACGAAAUCAUGCAAAACUCUUUCCAUCAUAAAUCCAGGGAACUUUUUUGCACAGAGUUACAUAUUUAAUGAACCGGACAGUGGUUCCAUCAUCACUCAAGCAUUCCACCAGAUCUUCCACCGCAACGAUUCACCAGAUUGGCAGUAUAAGAGGUAUGACGGGAAGGGAACUCGUUUACUCCUCACGUGCUCUCCCGAGGCUUUGCAAAAGGUUGCGCUCACCAGGAUGGAAAUUGACGCCAUGAGCCUCUUCACUCCGCCCUGUUCCAACUGGACUUUCACCAUGCUACAACAAUCUCGAGUUGAAGCACUCACCCUCAACUUAGCAUGGCCCAACCCAUUCUAUACACUAGUUGAGCGGUCUCUUAUACUCUCUCGCCUAGCAGUGGCCGUUCAAGCUUCAGUCACUUCUUUGCGUGUUAGAAAUGUAACACACAUCUUCGAAGCGCUGGGCUUUAUUGCUCAACUUCCACUUCUUGACAAACUUGACUUCAAUCUUUGGACAUGGAAAGCGGGGUUCUCAGACGGAAUCGCCAGUACAUCAUUCCCUAUGGUUCUGAACAUGAAGAUCAUGACUGCCCCUGCAGAACUGCUCUUCUUCAUCUUUUCCAGGCCUUUGACCGUUCCAAGAUUAAGAGAAAUCUAUUUGGCUUUCUAUAUCAGUGAAGAAGGAAUGUUCGACAUCACAACUACCGCCACCUCCAUCGCCCGACUUCGUGCCUCUGUCGGACCAAACGUAGAUCUUUUUCCGAUGAUCCACAUGGACAGUGUUCCACCAUCGAUGGAAUCUCUUUGUGACGGAAUUCGACCAGUUUGCCCGGUAUGGCAGCAAGAAUUUUUCAAGUUCACAUCUGUGUCUUUGGCCGGCGACAUGACUCUACUGGACAGUCCGAACAAAUUCCGAAUCAUUUUGGGACUGUUGACGCUGUUUUCCGGAAUAGAGCAACUGCAUAUUCGACUUGCGCCAAGUCCCAAAGUCGAUCUCACCCCCAUCCACCUUGAGCCUUGGAUGGUGAAGGCCAUCUUAAAUCGAUCUCCGAACAUUACAUCUAUUUUCUUCAACGACGUAGCCCAAAAUGAGAACGAGGUCCUAACCACAUCUCGGUGCUAA